UCGUCCUCCCAGGUAAUACCCCUUCAGGAGGUAGAGAUGGAACAGUCAGAUCUGGGAGGUACCACUGGGUAGGGGGCGUCUAUUCUGGAACAAACCAUUGUGUGGGCUGGAGAGGCCCUAAGGGCUGCUACCAUCCCCGCACAAGGGGAUUGCGCACAAGCCCCCGAUGGAGGCAGGAGUGGCACUUCCUUGACCGUCCGCAGCCCACGCUCAUUCUCCCGGUUCCCAGCCAAGUCCCAGUGAGAAAUAUGAGUGCUCGAGUAAGAUCAAAAUCUAGAGGAAAGGGAGAUGGAAAAAAAUCUAAGCUGGAUGAACCUGGAGUUGCUAAGCAACCAGGUAAAAAAACACCUCAAAAAAAGGAACCACCUACUGAGGAUCCAGAUAUUGAGCCUGGACAAGAGAGAGAAGAAGGAGCAUGUGGGGUUCAAGAACCUGAACUGGAAGCUGAAAGCCAGGAAAAGGAAAAGGAUCUGGAAAAGACUGGAGGUGAGCGUGGAGAUGGCCCUGAUAUGAAAGGGAAGACUACACCUGAUCUAGCAUUUGCUAAAGUUCAAGAAGCAGGUGAUGGACAGUCAUAAGUUAAAAAGAAGAGAAGAUGAAGCCACACAUACAGUUUGUUAUAUUGAUAAUUUGGCUUAAAUUCUCUCAAUAAAGAUUUAAAGUUUGCUCUGAA